GUGCUGAGCUGCGGGAUGAGCGCCCUCGCCUUCGACGACGGGAGCCUGGACGGGCUGGCCCCGGCCCGGCUGCCCGGGGGCAGCGACAUCGACACGGCGCUGCUCAGCGACAUCGACGACAUGCUCCAGCUGAUCAACACGCCAGACAAUGACUUCUCGGGGCUGUUCGACUCUCCCUUUGGUGUCCCCGACAGCACCGUGCCCCCGGGGCUCCCACCCGCCCCGAGCACCCUCGGCACCUACCUGGGGCCCAGCAAGCCGCCCCCCGCCGCCCCCCCGGGCAAUGUGUACCCGGGGCCCCCGGGGCUGGCAGCCUUCACCCCGCAGCCCCCUGCCCCUCUCCUGCCUGCCCCCGGCCCCCCAACAGCCCCGGGGGUGAAGGAGGAGCCGUCGGCCGUGCCCAGCAGCCAGCCCCAGCCCGGCGUGAUGCUGGCCCCCCCCAGCUUCGUCCCCGCGUCCCCCGGCCAGUUCAGCCCCCAGCCCUUGGUGGGUUUCCAGAACCAGCACGGCUUCCCCGCCGUGCAGCCCGGGGGGGCCGGGCAAAGCCCCCUGCCCACCCCACAGCCGGUCCAGCCCGUGGCGACGCUGCCCGGCCCCGUGCAGAGCGUGGCACCCCAGCAGCUCCUGGCCCCCGGGCCCCCCCCCUGCCGCCACACCGCCACCCCCCAGCCCGUCUCGCCCCAGAUUCAGCCGGUGCCGGUGCUGCUGCAGCCCCAUUUCAUCAAGGCUGACUCCCUGCUGCUCACGGCCGUCAAGACGGACGCCGGCAGCGCCAAGACCUCCGGCAUCGCCUCCCUGGCCACCAGCGCCGGCGGCACCGCGGCCCCGCUGCAGGUGCCGGCGCUGGUGAGCGGAGGGACCAUCCUGGCCACGGUGCCGCUGGUGGUGGACGCCGAGAAGCUGCCCAUCAACCGGCUGGCGCCCAGCGGGAAGCCGGCGCUGGUGCAGAGCAAGGGGGAGAAGCGGACGGCGCACAACGCCAUCGAGAAGCGCUACCGCUCCUCCAUCAACGACAAGAUCGUGGAGCUCAAGGACCUGGUGGUGGGCACCGAGGCCAAGCUCAACAAGUCGGCGAUCCUGAGGAAGGCCAUCGAGUACAUCCGCUUCCUGCAGCAGAGCAACCAGAAGCUGAAGCAGGAGAACCUCAGCCUGAAGAUGGCCGUGCAGAAGAGCAAGUCCCUCAAGGACCUGGUGGCCUCCUGCAGCAGUGGGGGGGCCAAGGCGGAGGCCCCCAUGGAGGUGGUGAAGGCGGAGGUGAUGGAGAUGCUGACGCCGCCGCCCUCGGACGUGGGCUCGCCCUCCCGCGGCAGCCCCCUCUCGCUCAGCGGGGGCAGCAGCAACAGCAGCAGCGACUCGGAGCCCGACAGCCCCUUCUGCGACCACGGCAAGGUGAAGCAGGAGCGCCCGCUGCCCUCGCCCGGCAGCCAGGGCAUGCUGGACCGCUCCCGCAUGGCCCUCUGCGCCUUCGUCUUCCUCUGCCUCUCCUUCAACCCCUUGGCCUCCCUGCUGCGGGGCUCCAGCGCCCCGGCCCCUGUGGGGAGCCCGGGCACUGCGGGUCCUGGCAGGAGCAUCAUGGCCGAGUCCGGCACCGCGGAGGAGCCGUGGGGGUGGUCGCAGUGGCUGUGGCCCACGCUGGUGUUCUGGGGGCUGAACGUGGCGCUGGUGCUGGGGGCGGUGGUGCGGCUCUUCGUCUGCGGGGAGCCCGUCACCCCCCCGCACUCCGAGUCCUCUGUCCUCUUCUGGCGCCACCGCCGCCAGGCCGACCUCGACCUCGAACGGGGCGACUUCGCGCAGGGGGCUCAGCACCUGCGCACGGCGCUGGGGGCUCUGGGCCGCCCGCUGCCGGCCUCCCACGGGGACCUGGCGUGCAGCCUCCUCUGGACCCUGCUGCGCCACCUCCUGCAGCGCCUCUGGGUGGGCCGCUGGUUGGCCGCCCGCGCCGGGGGGCUGCGCCCGGACCCCCCGCCCCGCGCCCACGUCCGCCAGAGCGCCCGCGACGCCGCCAUGGCGUACCACCGCCUGCACCAGCUGCACCUCGCCGGGAAGCAGGCUGGGGGGCACCUGCUGGCCAUCAACCUGGCGCUCAGCGCCGUCAACCUGGCUGAGUGCGCCGGCGAUGCCGUGUCCGUGGCCGCCCUGGCUGAGAUCUACGUGGCGGCUGCCCUGCGGGUCAAGGCCAGCCUGCACCGCUGCUUCCACUUCUUGGCUCGCCCCUUCCUCUGCAGCGCCCGGCGCGUGGCCCUGUCCCACGGCGGGGCCGUGCCCCCGGCCAUGCAGUGGCUCUGCCACCCCUUGGGCCACCGCUUCUUCGUGGACGGCGACUGGGCCGUCAAGGGCGUCCCGAGGGAGACCAUCUACAGCUCCGCCGGCAACCCAGUGGACCCGCUGGCGCAGGUGACCCAGCUCUUCCGCGAGCACCUCCUGGAGAAGGCGCUGUGCUGCGUGGCCAUGCCUGAGCCCGGCCGCCCCGCGGCGCAGGGAGAGGGCCGCUUCUCGGACGCGCUGGAGUACCUCCAGCUGCUCAACGGCUGCUCCGACGCCAGCGGCGCGCCCGGCCCCGCGCCCUCCAUCAGCUGCGGCUUGGCGGCGGUGACAGGCACCGACCCCGUGUCCAAGUGGUGGGCGUCCGUCAUCGGCGCCGUUAUUCACUGGCUGCAGGGAGACGAGGAGGGGGCCGAGCGCCUCUACCCGCUGGUGGAGACCAUGCCCCGGGUGCUGCAGGGCUCUGAGAAGCCCCUUCCCCGCGCCGCGCUGCACUCCUUCAAGGCUGUCCGGGCCAUGCUGAGCAAGCAGGACGGGAGCCAGGCCAGCCUGAACCACUGCGAGAAGGCCAGCAGCUGCCUGCGGGAGAGCCUGGAGCUCAGCAGCCCCCCCAAGUGCACCAUCGACAAGGCGGUGCAGCUCCUGCUGUGCGACCUGCUCCUCGUCACCCGCACCAACCUGUGGCAGCAGCAGAUGAGCGCCAGCCAGCAGCUCCGCGGCGCCUACCAGGCGUCCGCCCUGGAGCUCCGCGGCUUCCAGCAGGACCUCAGCAGCCUGCGGCGCCUGGCGCAGACCCUCCGGCCCGCCAUGCGCAGGGUGUUCCUGCACGAAGCCACCGCCAGGCUGAUGGCUCGCGCCAGCCCCACGCGGACCCACCAGCUGCUGGACCGCAGCCUGCGGAGGAGAGGGGUGCAGGGCAGCAAAACAGCCGGCGAGCCCGAGAGCCACCCCACACCGCGGGAGCACGCCGAGGCCCUGCUGCUCGCCUGCUGCUACCUGCCCCCCAGCUUCCUCUCGGCCCCCGGGCAGCGCGUGGGGAUGCUGGCCGAGGCCGCGCGCACGCUGGAGAAGCUGGGCGACCGCCGCACGCUGCACGACUGCCAGCAGAUGAUCAUCAAGCUGGGCAGCGGCACCACGGUCACCUCGGGAUAGCCGGGGACGGGGUGCCGGGGGUGGGGGGGGGGGGGGGUGUCACCCCAAAGCCCUCGCCCCGGGUAGGAGACCCCGCUGCAGGACGGGCUCAGGGUUUGGAGGCGCCGGGGAGGAGCGGCAGGGUGCCGUCCUUCGUCGCCGUCCCCAGUGGGUGCUCCCCGCGUGUCCCCAGGACGUGGGGACCUCUAGUGACGCUGUCACAGUAUUGCAUGGCACUGGGGGUGCUCGGCCACCCUCCUCCCGGUGCCCGCCACCCCCCCCCCCAAGCCCCCGCAGCACCCUGGCACAGGGCUGGGGCCCGUCCUCGCCCCCUUCCCCUGCGCGUCCCUGCCCGUCCCCCCUCCAUGGUCCCCAAGCCCCGGGGGGGACACCCCAGCAUUGUCCCCAUCAGGGGAGGGCAGGAGGGGUUGCCCCGUGGUGGCAGCUAUGGUGGCACCGUCUGUCUCCCAGGUGGUGCCCGUGGUAGGAAAGAGGGCCCCCCCCACCCCCCCAAUCCCUCCCCAGCACUGACCAGUCCCCCCCAGUUUGGAGCUGCUGCAGCCGGUGCCAAGCACCAGCUCUGAGCGCUUUUGGAGAAGGGGAGGCUCCCCCGGGGUGGGGGGGGCUGGUGGGUGCCCCCAAUCCCCUCGCUGCUCACACCUUGUACAUAGCCCCCCCGCCACGCCCCAGCACCUCCCCCCCCCCCCCCUUUGCCACGCCUUUUUAAACGGUAUUUUCAUAGUUGGAGAGUUUUGUACAGACAAUUAAAGCUGAUUAUUUAUACCGCUGUGUGCUGGACUGGGGGUGUGGGGUCUGAUAGUGCAUGGGGGGGGGGGGGCAAUCCGAGCCGGGCUGGGGCAAAAAGCCCCCCCCGGGCGGGUGGGCAGCCUGUAGGGGGGGGGGGUCUCGCUUUCCUUGCACAGGAUGGGGCGGGGGACAAAGGGGACAGGGAUGGGGACAUCCCAAACCCACCCUUCCUCCCCUAACAUGCAUGGGGAGCACCGGAGCUGCUGUCCCCGAUACCCCAAGGUCCCCCCCCCGCCCAAACCCCACAGCAAGACCUUUGGACCGGGGGGGCACCUGGGGACAAAGGGACACUCGGCCGGGUGCCCGCGGAGAAACACAGGCCACGAGCAGGGCGCCACGUACUUCCAAAACAAUCGUUGUAUCUUUAUUGACGCUCUGAAUGCAAUGACCUGUUUUUUACUCUUAAGGAAAAUAAACAUCUUUUAGAAACAGCUUGUUACACACAAUCUUCAGUGUGAAGCAAUAUACUAAUAAGAACACUAGUCUUAACAUUUACAGUCUUCAUAUAUAUUAUAUAUAUGUAUAUGUAUACAUAUAUAUACACUAUAUAAUGAGGCAAUAUAUAAUACACACGGUUUACCAUUUUACAGUCAUAUGUACAAGAUGUCACUAAAAAUAGCCAGAUUUCAGGCAACACUGCCAGGGACACGGACGAUUUUUUUUUUUAAUUUUUUUGUAAUUCAUUAUUUUUAUUAGUCUCUUUUCUCCCCCCUUUUUUUUUUUUUUUAAUGUGUGUUUUUCGCUCCCGUGUCCGAGGCAGGUUGCUGAAACGACAGACAUUUCUUGGCCAGCAAACCUUGAGGGCGAGGGCUGGGUGUGGGAUGGAGGGGGCGCGACAGCCGGCUGGGGCAUGGGGCUGGGGGUGUGGGGUCAGCGCUGCCCCCUUCCCGUGGGAUGCUCGGCGCUGGGGGCAGCUCACGCCUCCCUUUUAGGACGGAGAUUCGGGGUGAAGUCACCCUGGGCAGCCCCCUGAAGCAGCCUGGAGGAGAAGCAAAGUGGAGGAAGCCAAAGGAAGCCGGCGGCGAGGGGCAAGCCAGCGCCACGCGGAAGGAAGCAAGGGUCUCCUCCGUCCCUCCCCGCGGCGUCCCACGUCCCUGUGGGGUGGGCUGGGGCAGCCGAAUCGCUGCCCACCCCAGUGGGGACCGGUGCUGCCGAGCGGGAGCUGCUGCUGGGCUGUUUGCACCCACCUGCACCAGGCUGAAAAUCUGGGUUUGCACCCAGAGCCUCGGGGUUUGCACCCAGGACCAUAGGGCUUGCUCCCAGAGCAAUGGGGCUUGCACCAGAGCCAUGGGGUUUGCACCCAGAGCUAUGGGGUUUGCUCCCAGAGCCAUGGGGUUUGCACCCAGAGCUUUGGGGCUUGCACCCAGAGCUUUGGGGUUUGAGCCCAAGUGCGAGGAGCAAAGCCCGUCCCCAGCGAGCAGAGCAGCCGAGGUCUCGGCGAGGCAGAGCAGAAGGAGGGUGGCCUUUUGGGGACCUGGCGGCCCCAACCCAGCAGCGCCAGCACCCCGCAGGGCAGGAGGAGGGCGGGUGCAAGCGGAGGGAGGAAUCGGGGCUGGGGCAGCCCCGGUGGGGACACGGCCGCUGGCACAGGGCUGGCACAGCGCUGUCCCCGUCCUGGGGAAGCCGUGCCCGGCAGGGUGGGGAGAGGGCAGGCAGGAGAUGGAAGAACGAAACGGAAAAAGCAAAGCGGUGUUUCAAACAGCAGGCCGUUGUUGUUUUCUUUUCCUUUUUUUUUUUUUGUCUUUUUUCUUUUUUUUUCCUUUUUUUUUUUCUUUUUUUUUUUUUCUUUUCUCCGUCGCGCACAUAUA